GGUAAGGGUGAAAGUUGAAGGGUAUGUUGUCAACAUGGCAUCUGGCAUUAGUGCAAAGCAUGGAUUAUUAACGACAAAAUGUUCGGUGUUUCACUCACUCCAAAGAAAGAUAUUGCCACACGCUAUUUGUAUUCAACGACCUACCGAAGUGAAAUGUCUACGAGCUUCAACAAACUCGACUGCAGAGUCGCAGCACAACGAAAAAUACUGUAUCGAUAUUGUGAGGUAAGCAAGGCAGCUUGCUAGCUAGCUAAAUAUUGUUCUAAAUGGUAUGACUAGCAAGCAUCCUUCUAUGCACAAAUUGCAUGGGCCCUCUGUGACUGGCUAUACUGUCUCUCUCUCACUGGCUACAUUGUACAGCUAGUUGCAGGAUUGGGUUCAAUUCCUAUCAAUUCAGAAAGUAAACCAAAUAAAUUCAAAUUCCAAAUGUUCCUCAUUGAAAUGCAUUGAAGAGAAUUGGAAUUUCAGUGUAUAUAUUGAAUUGAAAUGGAAUUGACCCCAACCCUGGUUAGUUGUUUGUUUUUGUUGUAUGUGUUAUUGCAUCCAAUGUUUUCAUUGUGAAGAAGUUAGUCCACCACUAGUAUUGCACUUUACUUGCCUGUGUCCACUGUCUUGUUUCCCUAGGUCUCGGGACUAUGACGGUUUUGUGUCCUCCCUGCUUCUCCCUGAGGAUGCCCGGCGCUCCUCACUGGCCCUGAGGGCCUUCAAUGUUGAGCUGGCUCAGGCAGGUAUUCCAGCAAGUAUUCAUACCCCUUGACUUGUUCCACAUUUUGUGUUACAGCCUGAAUUCAAAAUGGAUUAAAAAAAAUAUUAAAAAAUCUCACCCAUCUAAACACAAUACCUCAUAAUGACAAAGUGAAGACAUUUUUGCAAAUGUAUUUAAAAUGAAAUACAGAAAUAUCUCAUUUACAUAAGUAUUCACACCCCAGAUUCAAUACUUUGUAGAAGCACUUUUGGCAGCGAUUACAGCUGUGAGUCUUUCUGGGUAAGUCUCUAAGAGCUUUGAGCACCUGGAUUGGGCAUCAUUUGCCUAUUAUUCUUUUCAAAAUUCUUCAAGCUCUGUCAAAUUUGUUGUUGAUGAUUGCUAGAUAACCCCUUUCAGGUCUUGCCAUACAUUUUCAAGCAGAUUUAAGUCAAAACUGUAACUCAGCCACUCAGGAACAUUCACUAUCUUCUUGGUAAGCAACUCCAGUGUAGUUUUGGCCUUGUGUUUUAGGUUAUUGUCCUGCUGAAAGGUGAAUUUGUCUUCCAGUGUCUGUUGGAGAGCAGACUGAACCAGGUUUUCCUCUAGGAUUUUGCCUGUGCUUAGCUCUAUUCCGUUAAUUUUUAUCCCAAAAAAGUCCCUAGUCCUUGCCGAUGACAAGCAUACACAUAACAUGACGCAGCCACCACCAUGCUUGAAAAUAGGAAGAGUGGUACUCAGUGAUGUGUUGUGUUGGAUUUGCCCCAAACAUAACGCUUUUUAUUCAGGACCAAGUUCAUUUUUUAGGCAAUUUUUUUGCCGUUUUACUUUAGUGCCUUAUUGCAAACAGGAUGCAUGUUUUGGAAUAUGUAUUCUGUACAUGCUUCCUUCUUUUCACUCUUGUCAAUUAGGUUAGUAUUGUGGAGUAACUACAAUGUUCUUGAUCCAUCCUCCAUUUUCUCCUAUCACAGCCAUUCAACUCUGUAACUGUUUUAGUCACCAUUGGCCUCAUGGUGAUAUCCCUGAGCGGUUUCCUUCCUCUCCAGUAACUGAGUUAGGAAUGACGCCUGUAUCUUUAUAGUGACUGGGUGUAUUGAUACGCCAUCCAAAGUGUAAUUAAUAACUUCACCAUGCUCAAAAGAGAUUUUCAAUGUCUGCUUUUAACCGUUUUAGCCAUCUACCAAUAGGUGCCCUUCUUUGCGAGGCAUUGGAAAACCUCCCCGGUCUUUGUGGUUGAAUCUGUGUUUGAAAUUCACUGCUUGAUUAAGGGACCUUACAGAUAAUUCUAUGUGUGGGGUACAGAGAUGAGGUAGUCAUUAAAAAAUCAUAUUAAGCACUAUUAUUGCACACAGAGUGAGUCCAUGCAACUUAUUAUCCACUGAACUUAUUUUGGCUUAACAAAGUGGUUGAAUGCUUAUUGACUCAAGACAUUUCAGGUAUUUUCUAUUAAUUUGUAAACAUUUAGAAAAACAUAAUUCCACUUUGAAAUUAUGGGGGAUUGUGUGUAGGCCAGUGACAAGAAAAUCUCAAUUUAAUCAAUUUUAAAUUCAAGCUCUAAAACAAAAUGUGUAAAAGGUUGAGGGGUGUGAAUACUUUCUGAAGGCACUGUAUGAAUAUAUAUGCAUAUAUUGGAAAUGAUGAUACUAUAAUCCUCAAUGGGAUGGUCAUAUGUCCAAUACAGUGAGGGGAAAAAAGUAUUUGAUCCCUUGCUGAUUUUGUACGUUUGCCCACAGACAAAGAAAUGAUCAGUCUAUAAUUUUAAUGGUAGGUUUAUUUGAACAGUGAGAGACAGAAUAACAACAAAGAAAUCCAGAAGAACGCAUGUCAAAAAUGUUAUAAAUUGAUUUGCAUUUUAAUGAGGGAAAUAAGUAUUUGACCCCCUCUCAAUCAGAAAGAUUUUUGGCUCCCAGGUGUCUUUUUUACAGGUAACGAGCUGAGAUUAGGAGCACACUCUUAAAGGGAGUGCUCCUAAUCUCAGUUUGUUACCUGUAUAAAAGAGACCUGUCCACAGAAGCAAUCAAUCAAUCAGAUUCCAAACUCUCCACCAUGACCAAGACCAAAGAGCUCUCGUAGGAUGUCAGGGACAAGAUUGUAGACCUACACAAGGCUGGAAUGGGCUACAAGACCAUCGCCAAGCAGCUUGGUGAGAAGGUGACAACAAUUGGUGCGAUUAUUCGCAAAUGGAAGAAACACAAAGUAACUGUCAAUCUCCCUUGGCCUGGGGCUCCAUGCAAGAUCUCACCUCGUGGAGUUGCAAUGAUCAUGAGAACGGUGAGGAAUCAGCCCAGAACUACACGGGAGGAUCUUGUCAAUGAUCUCAAGGCAGCUGGGACCAUAGUCACCAAGAAAACAAUUGGUAACACACUACGCCGUGAAGGACUGAAAUCCUGCAGCGUCCGCAAGGUCCCCAUGCUCAAGAAAGCACAUAUACAUGCCCGUCUGAAGUUUGCCAAUGAACAUCUGAAUGAUUCAGAGGAGAACUGGGUGAAAGUGUUGUGGUCAGAUGAGACCAAAAUGGAGCUCUUUGGCAUCAACUCAACUCGCUGUGUUUGGAGGAGGAGGAAUGCUGCCUAUGACCCCAAGAACACCAUCCCCACCGUCAAACAUGGAGGUGGAAACAUUAUGCUUUGGGGGUGUUUUUCUGCUAAGGGGACAGAACAACUUCACCGCAUCAAAGGGACGAUGGACGGGGCCAUGUACCGUCAAAUCUUGGGUGAGAACAACCUUCCCUCAGCCAGGGCAUUGAAAACGGGUCGUGGAUGGGUAUUCCAGCAUGACAAUGACCCAAAACACACGGCCAAGGCAACAAAGGAGUGGCUCAAGAAGAAGCACAUUAAGGUCCUGGAGUGGCCUAGCCAGUCUCCAGACCUUAAUCCCAUAGGAAAUCUGUGGAGGGAGCUGAAGGUUCGAGUUGCCAAACGUCAGCCUCGAAACCUUUAAUGACUUGGAGAAGAUCAGCAAAGAGGAGUGGGACAAAAUCCCUCCUGAGAUGUGUGCAAACCUGGUGGCCAACUACAACAAACGUCUUACCUCUGUGAUUGCCAACAAGGGUUUUGCCACCAAGUACUGAGUCAUGUUUUGCAGAGGGGUCAAACACUUAUUUCCCUCAUUAAAAUGCAAAUCAAUUAAUAACAUUUUUGACAUGCGUUUUUCUGGAUUUUUUUGUUUGUUAUUCUGUCUCUCACUGUUCAAAUAAACCUACCAUUAAAAUUAUAGACUGAUCAUUUCUUUGUCAGUGGGCAAACGUACAAAAUCAGCAGGGGAUCAAAUACUUUUUUCCCUCACUGUACAUAUCCAGUGUUAAGUGUUGAUGUUCAGGCAUCCUGCUAUUGAAGAUAAUUUUUUUAUUUAUUUCACCUUUAUUUAACCAGGUAAGCCAGCUGAGAACAAGUUCUCAUUUACAACUGCGACCUGGCCAAGAUAAAGCAAAGCAGUGCGAUUAAAAACAACAACACAGAGUUACAUAUGGGGUAAACAAAACAAAGUCAAAAAUACAAACAGAAAAUAUAUAUAUACAGUGUGUGCGAAUGUAGUAAGUUAUGAAGGUAAGGCAAUAAAUAGGCCAAAUGCUGUUAUGUCUAGAAUAGUACAUCAACCUAUAGACCUAGAUAUAAACAUGGAUAACAACAGUGAGGGAAUGGUCUUGUAAAGCAAGACAUUUUUCGUGCAAAUCUGUAUGCCUAACAGUAUAAACUUUAUUCAAUGAAGAUUGAAGGAAUUGAGAAAACCCUCGCUUUUUGUUUCACUCCAAGGUGAAGGACUCUGUUUCCCAGAAGACCAUAGGUCUGAUGCGGAUGCAGUUCUGGAAGACUACAGUGGAGGAGAUCUACAGGGAUGACCCCCCAGUGCAGCCUGUCAGUGCAGAACUAUGGAGGGUCAGUCUGGAGUAGACAUCUUCUGUUUUCAUUUUCAUUAAUAAAUCUGCAGUGCUGGAUUUGUAAUUGCGGCUAUUAUAGUCUACAGUAUAUCAUUUAGACUUUGCAUAGCAUUAAACAUAGCUUUUCCAAUGCAUUUGAUAUGGACUGUUUUAAACAUCUUCAAAUAUCUCAUUUUGCAGGCGGUGAGGAAACACUACCUGACAAAGAGGUGGAUGCUUAGGAUAAUCUCUGAAAGAGUAAGCAAAUGUUGCAUUUUAGGUCAUGGAUUUGUGUGGGUUCAAUUCUAGUUAUGUUUCAUUUAUUUGAUGUAUGUCUCUACUGUUGCCAACAGGAGAAAGACAUGGAAGACAGAGCUUAUAGAAACCUCCAGGAGCUGGAGGCAUAUUCAGAGAAUACCCAGGCCUCACUACUGUACCUUCUUUUGGAGAGUUUAGGUGAGUAUGUGUGUGUGCUUGCGUUUGUGCUUGACUCCACUGACUGAACGGAGUGUACAGCAUGUGCAUUGUUCUGUUCCAGAGGGGGAAAAAACAUAUUCCAAUGAAGUACCUCUUAGAAAUGAUGAGAAUCGUGCUCGCCAAUGCAGCACAUUGACUAAAAUGAGAAAGAUGAGAAUUGCAGCCACCUAAUGGAAUAUUGCUCGGGAACUUUAAUUGUGCCUUGUCUAAUGAUACCAUGUACGCCUGGCGUUACAGAGCGCUCCAAGCCUAAUUGCACAUUGAAAAUGUCAUAAGAAUGAGUCAAUAUAGCCACUGAACUCCUGUAGAUUUUUGUUGAAAGGCUGGACAACAGAAAUUACCCAUCAUUUCCACUCUACAUUAAGUGAAUUCUCAAUAGAUUCCAUAGAGCCAAAGAAAUGGAUGACUAUGACUCUGCCCCUUCCCUAUUUGGAAAAACCUGACAGGAACAGUCACAUUAUACUGUGUAUGUACAGUGCAUUCUGAAAGUAUUCAGACCCCUUGACUUUUUCCAAAUUUUGUUACGUUACAGCCUUAUUUUAAAAUGGAUUAAAUAAAUGUUUUCCUCAUCAAUCUACACACAAUACCCCAUAAUGACAAAGCGGAAACAGGUUUUUAGACAUUUUUGCACAUUUAUUAAAAACAGAAAUACCUUAUUUACAUAAGUAUUCAGACCCUUUGCUAUGAGACUCAAAAUUGAGCUCAGGUGCAUCCUGUUUCCAUUGAUCAUCCGUGGGAUGUUUCUACAACUUGAUUGGAGUACACCUGUGGUAAAUUCAAUUAUUGGACCACGAUUGGAAGGCACACAUCUGCUAUAUAAGGUCCCACAGUUGACGGGUGCCAUUGUCAGGCAAAAACCAGCCUGAUGAAAACCUGCUCCAGAGCGCUCAGGACCUCAGACUGGGCGAAGGUUCACCUUCCAACGGACAACAACCCUAGCACACAGCCAAGGACAACGCACUCAAGGCCUUCGGAACAAGUCUCCGAAUGUCCUUGAGUGGCCGCCGAGGCCGGACUUAACCGAGUCCAGCAAGCUCUGGAGAAGACCGAAAUAUUUGAGCGAGCUCCCAUCCAACUGACAGAGCUGAGAGGAUCUGCAGAGAGAAUGGAGAGAACUCCAAGAAUACAGGGUGCCAAGCUCAUAGUGUCUACCCAAGAAACUCGUAGCUGUAUUCGCGCCAAAGGUGCUAUUCACAAAGUACUGAUAAAGUUCGAAUACUUAUGUAAAGGGGUCUGAAUACAUUCCGAAUGCACUGUAUACAAAAUAAUAAUUACUUGAACAUGCAGAUUGUUUUAUGACUUGAGAGGGAGACUUAGAAGCAGGUCAAGCUGUAUUCACUUGAGGGAUUAAUUAAGUGGCAUAAUUUCUGCAUCUCAAAUACCUGCGUUUCUGUGAAUCAUUCGCAUCUUCUCUUGUGGAAUGUCAUUUAUUUGCCCCCCUCUGCGAAGGAACCUGUCACACUUGUUCCAGUCUAAUUGACUAGAAGAGACAUCUGACUCAAAGCCUCAACCUAUUUCAAGUACAGUGCACUCGGCAUGAAAGCAUUUCCCAGUUAUUAAUAUCAAAGCGUGUGCGCUUCAUUGUUGUGAUAAAUUAUGUAUACAAGAGAACAGUGUCUGUUUUAGCAUUGCCCUAGUCAAUCAAAAACAGUAACUAGGUUUCUGGGGUAAACUAGAAGACACAUUCUUCUUGUACCUAGACAAAGCAUAUUUAAUUCAAUAGAGUUUAUUUAUUUGUUUUAAAAGUGGUGCAAUGUUUUAACUUUAGUUAUUUUCUGCCUUCCCUGAUUCCUUCUGUGUGUGUUUUUGUCCAGGUGUGAAAGAUGUCCAUGCUGAUCAUGCUGCCAGCCACAUUGGUAAGGCCCAGGGGAUCGUGACGUGCCUAAGAGCCACACCCUACAACAGCAGCAGACGCAAAGUCUACCUACCUAUGGACAUCUGCAUGCUGGUGAGUGACCAUAUCUGCAGCAGAGGUAUCAAAAUUAUGACUUUCCUGCUGGUGACGUUUUGUACAGAUGGAUGCCAUACUGCAAUUCCAGAUACACACACACACACAGGCCUUUAUGUCACAGGAUAUUCCUGCUAGACUGGUUUGGCAUUAUCCACACAGUGAGUGAGUGUGUCACUACUCCAAAUGGAGCAUGCCAGAGGCACAGUUAUAAUGAAACCCCAUGACAAUGCACUGGCUGUAGUUACAAGGCAAAUUCACAGCCUUUGUCUGAGCCAUCUGUCACCAAGGCCUCUGAGCCACAGCUGGAGUGACAGGGGACUGUGUGCUGUGUGGUUUAUGAUGUGACAUCAGAAGGUUAGUGACCUCAUCAGGUUUAUGGAGGCCUCCAGUUCAUUUACCUAUUACUAAUGUUUUGGCAGCUGGGGGCGCUGUUGUAACAUCAUAAAGGUUUAGUCAUGAGCUCAACUGAAGCCCCCUAGAGUUUCCCCCUACAGUCCAUCUAUGAUUUUUCCCCCUACCUCCAUCAAUGUUAAAGCUUGCUAAAGCCUGGUGGGUUUUCUCCACUUCCUGUGUCAUUAAGGGACAGUGAGUGCUUUGCAAUUUUCCAAUUAUUUUCAUCCGGUCAUAAGUUCAUUGCUCUGGUUGGAAGGACGGAAGGGACUGUUGGUGUCUGGGGAUUUAACUACCGCAGCCUCUGUCCGUGGUGAUGUUAAAUUUAUACAGGCUUUGGCAUUGAAACCUCUGUAUGUUCCUGUGUUGUUGUUGUUUGCUCCCAUUGCUUGACAAUAGCUUCUAGCCUAGCUAAUAACUUGCAAUACCAAGCUUCAUUGCAUUCAAAUAGUAUUGAAGUUACCCGACUUGAUUGUUUAGUUUGUCAAGCUAACAUGUGUAGCAGGAUGUCUACAGACACCGACCGCCUUGUGCUUUUGGGCAAUACAAAUCUCCUUGUCAUCAUAUUAUUUUUAAACUAUAUCAAACUAAACUCCUUAUUUGUGGAAUAAGAUUCAGAUUACCCUGUUUAUUAAUUUUUUGCUGUCAAACUAUCCGACUUCUACUCUGUUUCUAAACAACUUCUGUCUAUCAGGGGGCUGACGUCCACAGUGCAGUAAACAGACCUCAAGGCAGCCUGAGGCCAUAAUAACAGUUUAAAGGAGAGAGAACUAAGAUCUGACAAUCGUUAUACAGUGAGGGAAAAAAGUAUUUGAUCCCCUGCUGAUUUUGUACGUUUGCCCACUGACAGACAUGAUCAGUCUAUAAUUUUAAUGGUAGGUUUAUUUGAACAGUGAACGACAGGAUAAUAACAACAAAAAUCCAUAAAAACGCAUGUCAAAAAUGUUAUAAAUUGAUUUGCAUUUUAAUGAGGGAAAUAAGUAUUUGACCCCUCUGCAAAACAUGACUUAGUACUUGGUGGCAAAAUCCUUGUUGGCAAUCACAGAGGUCAGACGUUUCUUGUAGUUGGCCAACAGGUUUGCACACAUCUCAGGAGGGAUUUUGUUCCACUCCUCUUUGCAGAUCUUCUCCAAGUCAUUAAGGUUUCGAGGCUUACGUUUGGCAACUCGAACCUUCAGCUCCCUCCACAGAUUUUCUAUGGGAUUAAGGUCUGGAGACUGGCUAGGCCACUCCAGGACCUUAAUGUGCUUCUUCUUGAGCCAUUCCUUUGUUGCCUUGGCCGUGUGUUUUGGGUCAUUGUCAUGCUGGAAUACCCAUCCACGACCCAUUUUCAAUGCCUUGUCUGAGGGAAGGAGGUUAUGUGCCUCCCGAGUGGCGCAGUGCCACUAGAGAUCCUGGUUCGAAUCCAGGUCUGUCGUAGCCGGCCGCGACCGGGAGACCCGUGGGGCGGCGCACAAUUGGCCCAGCGUCGUCCAGGGUAGGGGAGGGAAUGGCCGGCAGGGAUGUAGCUCAGUUGGUAGAGCAUGGCGUUUGCAACGCCAGGGUUGUGGGUUCGAUUCACACGGGGGGGUAUGAUUUUUUAAAUUUUUAUAAUGUAUGCACUCACUAACUGUAAGUCGCUCUGGAUAAGAGCGUCUGCUAAAUGACUAAAAUGUAAAUGUAAAAUGUUCUCACCCAAGAUUUGAAGGUACAUGGCCCCGUCCAUAGUCCCUUUGAUGCGGUGAAGUUGUCCUAUCCCCUUAGCAGAAAAACACCCCCAAAGCAUAAUGUUUCCACCUCAUGUUUGAUGGUGGGGAUGGUGUUCUUGGGGUCAUAGGCAGCAUUCCUCCUCCUCCAAACACGGCGAGUUGAGUUGAUGCCAAAGAGCUCGAUUUUGGUCUCAUCUGACCACAACACUUUCACCCAGUUCUCCUCUGAAUCAUUCAGAUGUUCAUUGGCAGCUUCAGACGGCCCUGUAUAUGUGCUUUCUUGAGCAGGGGGACCUUGCGCGGCGAUGCAGGAUUUCAGUCCUUCACGGCGUAGUGUGUUACCAAUUGUUUUCUUGGUGACUAUGGUCCCAGCUGCCUUGAGAUCAUUCCUCACUGUUCUCAUGAUCAUUGCAACUCCACGAGGUAAGAUCUUGCAUGGAGCCCCAGGCCGAGGGAGAUUGACAGUUAUUUUGUGUUUCUUCCAUUUGCGAAUAAUCGCACCAACUGUUGUCACCUUCUCACCAAGCUGCUUGGCGAUGGUCUUGUAGCCCAUUCCAGCCUUGUGUAGGUCUACAAUCUUGUCCCUGACAUCCUUGGAGAGCUCUUUGGUCUUGGCCAUGGUGGAGAGUUUGGAAUCUGAUUGAUUGAUUGCUUCUGUGGACAGGUGUCUUUUAUACAGGUAACAAGCUGAGAUUAGGAGCACUCCCUUUAAGAGUGUGCUCCUAAUCUCAGCUCGUUACCUGUAUAAAAGACACCUGGGAGCCAGAAAUCUUUCUGAUUGAGAGGGGGUCAAAUACUUAUUUCCCUCAUAAAAAUGCAAAUCAAUUGAUAACAUUUUUGACAUGCAUUUUUCUGGAUUUUUUUGUUGUUAUUCUGUCUCUCACUGUUCAAAUGAACCUACCAUUAAAAUUAUAGUCUGAUCAUUUCUUUGUCAGUGGACAAACGUACAAAAUCUGCAGGGGAUCAAAUACUUUUUUCCCUCACUGUACAUGCCGUGAAUAAUGGAGAUAAUUAUCGAGAGCUUCAGUUUAUUCACCCCAUUAGAGGCCAUAUGCUCUCAGCAUGAACAAUUGGUUUGCUCGGCUAGAUUAGUGAUUUGAAGGAACAAAUCUCUCCUGUGUGAAUAAGUGGUGUGAACAAAGGUGUGUGUGUGUGUGUGUGUGUGUGUGUGUGUGUGUGUGUGUGUGUGUGUCACCACCAGCACAGAGCCUCCCAGGAGGACUUCAUCCGAGGGAGCCGGGAACAGAAUGUGAGAGACGUGGUGUAUGACAUUGCCAGCCAAGCCCACGUACACCUACAACACGUAUGUACCCUCAUGAAAUUAGGACAGCCCAGUGUUCCUCCAAAGUUAUUUGGUGGGCUGUUCUUGCCAAGCAGAUUUACUGCUUGCUUGAAAAACCAAGUCUUCAAUAAGAUUUGAUUCAAUUACGUUUUUCAUCAGUCCUGGUAAAAGAAAAUGGAGGGCUCUGAUAGUGUGUUCUCAUGUGGGAUCAGUCGUUUUUGCUAAUGGCUACUACAAUGCGUUUUUUACCUGUACGACACUGACCUUAUCAAUUAACGUUGAUGAAUAUAUAACUGUUUUAUUGUGAGCUUCAAGUUAUGGUUUGUUUGUAUACAAAGGGGAUUGAAAAGAAGCUGAAGUAGUCAGAAAUUGAUUAACUAGUAGCUAAGGUCCUAAACGAUAUUAUAAACGCGAUCGAUAAAAGACAGUACUGCGCAGCCACCUUCAUCGACCUGGCCAAGGCUUUAGACUCUGUCAACCACCACAUUCUUAUUGGCAGACUAAAUAGCCUUGGUUUCUCUAAUGACUGCCUUGCCUGGUUCACCAACUACUUCUCAGAUAGAAUUCAAUGUGUCAAAUCGGAGGGCCUGUUGUCUGGACCUCUGGCCGUCUCUAUGGGGGUGCCACAGGGUUCAAUUCUCGGGCCGACUCUAUUCUCUGUGUAUAUCAAUGAUGUCGCUCUUACUGCUGGUGACGCUCGGAUCCACCAUUAUGUGGACGACACCAUUUUGUAUACAUCUGGCCCUUCAUUGGACACUGUGUUAACAAACCUCCAAACGAGCUUCAACGCCAUACAACACUCCUUCCGUAGCCUCCAACUGCUCUUAAACACUAGUAAAACUAAAUGCAUGCUCUUCAACCGAACGCUGCUUGCACCCGCCCACCCGACUAGAAUCACUACUCUCGGCGGGUCUGACCUAGAGUAUGUGGAAAACUACAAAUACCUGUAAACUCUCCUUCCAGACUCACAUUAAGCAUCUCCAAUCAAAAGUUAGAUCUAGAAUCGGCUUCCUAUUUCGCAACAAAGCCUCCUUCACUCAUGCUGCCAAACAUGCCCUCGUAAAACUGACUAUCCUACUGAUCCUUGACUUCGGCGCUGUCAUUUACAAAUUAGCCUCCAACACUCUACUCAGCAAAUUGGAUGUACGGUAGUCUAUCACAGUGCCAUCCGUUUUGUCACCAAAGCCCCAUAUACUACCCACCAUUGUGACCUGUACGCUCUCGUUGGCUGGCCCUCACUACAUAUUAGUCGCCAAACCCACUGGCUCCAGGUAAUCUAUAAAUCACUGCUAGGCAAAUCCCCGUCUUAUCUUAGCUCACUGGUCACCAUAGCAACACCCACACGUAGUCUGCGCUCCAGCAGGUAUAUCUCACUGGUCAUCCCCAAAGCCAACACCUCUUUUGGCCGCCAUUCCUUCCAGUUCUCUGCUGCCAAUGACUGGAACGAACUGCAAGAAUCUCUGAAGCUGGAGACUCUUAUCUCCCUCACUAACUUUAAGCAUCAGUUGUCAGAGCACUUUACCGAUCACUGCACCUGUACACAGCCCAUCUGAAAUUAGCCCACCCAACUACCUCAUCCCCUUAUUGUUAUUUAUUUUGCUAAUUUGCACCCCAGUAUCUCUAUUUGCACAUCAUCUUUUGCACAUCUAUCAUUCCAGUGUUAAUACGAAAUUGUAACUAUUUUGCACUAUGGCCUAUUUAUUGUCUUACCUCCAUAACUUACUACAUUCGCACACACUGUAUAUACAGUGGGGAGAGCAAGUAUUUGAUACACUGCCGAAUUUGCAGGUUUCCUACUUACAAAGCAUGUAGAGGUCUGUAAUUUUUAUCAUAGGUACAUUUCAACUGUGAACAAAAAUCCAGAAAAACACAUUGUAUGAUUUUUAAGUAAUUAAUUUGCAUUUUAUUGCAUGACAUACAGUGGGGGAAAAAAGUAUUUAGUCAGCCACCAAUUGUGCAAGUUCUCCCGCUUAAAAAGAUGAGAGAGGCCUGUAAUUUUCAUCAUAGGUACACGUCAACUAUGACAGACAAAUUGAGGAAAAAAAAUCCAGAAAAUCACAUUGUAGGAUUUUUUAUGAAUUGAUUUGCAAAUUAUGGUGGAAAAUAAGUAUUUGGUCACCUACAAACAAGCAAGAUUUCUGGCUCUCACAGACCUGUAACUUCUUCUUUAAGAGGCUCCUCUGUCCUCUACUCGUUAUCUGUAUUAAUGGCAUCUCUUUGAACUUGUUAUCAGUAUAAAAGACACCUGUCCACAACCUCAAACAGUCACACUCCAAACUCCACUAUGGCCAAGACCAAAGAGCUGUCAAAGGACACCAGAAACAAAAUUGUAGACCUGCACCAGGCUGGGAAUACUGAAUCUGCAAUAGGUAAGCAGCUUGGUUUGAAGAAAUCAACUGUGGGAGCAAUUAUUAGGAAAUGGAAGACAUACAAGACCACUAAUAAUCUCCCUCGAUCUGGGGCUCCACGCAAGAUCUCACCCCGUGGGGUCAAAAUGAUCACAAGAACGGUGAGCAAAAAUCCCAGAACCACACGGGGGGACCUAGUGAAUGACCUGCAGAGAGCUGGGACCAAAGUAACAAAGCCUACCAUCAGUAACACACUACGCCGCCAGGGACUCAAAUCCUGCAGUGCAAGACGUGUCCCCCUGCUUAAGCCAGUACAUGUCCAGGCCCGUCUGAAGUUUGCUAGAGUGCAUUUGGAUGAUCCAGAAGAGGAUUGGGAGAAUGUCAUAUGGUCAGAUGAAACCAAAAUAUAACUUUUUGGUAAAAACUCAACUCGUCGUGUUUGGAGGACAAAGAAUGCUGAGUUGCAUCCAAAGAACACCAUACCUACUGUGAAGCAUGGGGGUGGAAACAUCAUGCUUUGGGGCUGUUUUUCUGCAAAGGGACCAGGACGACUGAUCCGUGUAAAGGAAAGAAUGAAUGGGGCCAUGUAUCGUGAGAUUUUGAGUGAAAACCUCCUUCCAUCAGCAAGGGCAUUGAAGAUGAAACGUGGCUGGGUCUUUCAGCAUGACAAUGAUCCCAAACACACCGCCCGGGCAACGAAGGAGUGGCUUCGUAAAAAGCAUUUCAAGGUCCUGGAGUGGCCUAGCCAGUCUCCAGAUCUCAACCCCAUAGAAAAUCUUUGGAGGGAGUUGAAAGUCCGUGUUGCCCAGCGACAGCCCCAAAACAUCACUGCUCUAGAGGAGAUCUGCAUGGAGGAAUGGGCCAAAAUGCCAGCAACAGUGUGUGAAAACCUUGUGAAGACUUACAGAAAACGUUUGACCUGUCUCAUUGCCAACAAAGGGUAUAUAACAAAGUAUUGAGAAACUUUUGUUAUUGACCAAAUACUUAUUUUCCACCAUAAUUUUUUAAUAAAUUCAUUAAAAAUCCUACAAUGUGAUUUUCUGGAUUUUUUUUCCUCAUUUUGUCUGUCAUAGUUGACGUGUACCUAUGAUGAAAAUUACAAGCCUCUCUCGUCUUUUUAAGUGGGAGAACUUGCACAAUUGGUGGCUGACUAAAUACUUUUUUCCCCCACUGUAAGUAUUUGAUCACCUACCAACCAGUAAGAAUUCCGGCUCUCAAAGACCUGUUAGUUUUUCUUUAAGAAGCCCUCCUGUUCUCCACUCAUUACCUGUAUUAACUGCACCUGUUUGAACUCGUUACCUGUAUAAAAGACACCUGUCCACACACUCAAUCAAACAGACUCCAACCUCUCCACAAUGGCCAAGACCAGAGAGCUGUGUAAGGACAUCAGGGAUAAAAUUGUAGACCUGCACAAUGUUGGGGUGGGCUACAGGACAAUAGGCAAGCAGCUUGGUGAGAAGGCAACAACUGUUGGCGCAAUUAUUAGAAAAUGGAAGAAGUUCAAGAUGACGGUCAAUCACCCUCGGUCUGGGGCUCCAUGCACGAUCUCACCUCGUGGGGCAUCAAUGAUCAUGAGGAAGGUGAGGGAUCAGCCCAGAACUACACGGCAGGACCUGGUCAAUGACCUGAAGAGAGCUGGGACCACAGUCUCAAAGAAAACCAUUAGUAACACACUAUCCCGUCAUGGAUUAAAAUCCUGCAGCGCACGCAAGGUCCCCCUGCUCAAGCCAGCGCAUGUCCAGGCCCGUCUGAAGUUUGCCAAUGACCAUCUGGAUGAUCCAGAGGAGGAAUGGGAGAAGGUCAUGUGGUCUGAUGAGACAAAAAUAGAGCUUUUUGGUCUAAACUCCACUCGCCGUGUUUGGAGGAAGAAGAAGGAUGAGUACAACCCCAAGAACACCAUCCCAACUGUGAAGCAUGGAGGUGGAAACUUGCUUUUCUGCAAAGGGGACAGGACGACUGCACCGUAUUGAGGGGAGGAUGGAUGGGGCCAUGUAUCGCGAGAUCUUGGCCAACAACCUCCUUCCCUCAGUAAGAGCAUUGAAGAUGGGUCGUGGCUGGGUCUUCCAGCAUGACAACGACCCGAAACACACAGCCAGGGCAACUAAGGAGUGGCUCCAUAAGAAGCAUCUCAAGGUCCUGGAGUGGCCUAGCCAGUCUCCAGACCUGAACCCAAUAGAAAAUCUUUGGAGAGAGCUGAAAGUCUGUAUUGCCCAGCGACAGCCCCGAAAUCUGAAGGAUCUGGAGAAGGUCUGUAUGGAGGAGUGGGCCAAAAUCCCUGCUGCAGUGUGUGCAAACCUGGUCAAGACCUACAGGAAACUUAUGAUCUCUGUAAUUGCAAACAAAGGUUUCUGUACCAAAUAUUAAGUUCUGUUUUUCUGAUGUAUCAAAUACUUAUGUCAUGCAAUAAAAUGCAAAUUAAUUACUUAAAAAUCAUACAAUCUGAUUUUCUGGAUUUCUGAAAUUACAGACCUCUACAUGCUUUGUAAGUAGGAAAACCUGCAAAAUCGGCAGUGUAUCAAAUACUUGUUCUCCCCACUGUAUAUGUUCUGUUUGUAUUUUUGACUUUAUGUUUUGUUUACCCCAUAUGUAACUCUGUGUUGGUGGGGGGGGUUUUUUAUCGCACUGCUUUGCUUUAUCUUGGCCAGGUCACAGUUGUAAAUGAGAACUUGUUCUCAACUGGCUUACCUGGUUAAAUAAAGGUAAAAUAAAAAAAUAUGCGUCAUUGAUUUUGCAUGUUUACAGACCUCUCUCCAAGUGUUAUAAAACAGAUUAUAGAUGUAUUAGCCUGUGUUAAUUAGUCAUUUUACUCCGUUUUAACCUUUGUCUCCACAGGCCAGAUCAUUCAGCAAGAACAUACCAGCUUCCGCCUUCCCUGCCUUCCUCCAAACGGUGGGUUGUUGUUGUUUUACAAGAAUCAUUAGUAUGUAUUGGGUUAGGUUGUGGUCACUGAAUGAGGUAACAUCAUGAAAAUGGUCAAAUUUACUGAAACGUUGACCAGACAAGACGCAUUAACUGAAUUAUGGGGCUUCUUUAGUCCUGGCACCAGGGAAGAGGCCAGGUGUGCGUGUUAGUUUCAUUUCAAGUUCUUUUAUCAAUCAUUUUUUUAUUAAUCCUCCAAUCGUGUUCAUCUGAACCUAGAUAAGGAGGAGCAGCAUCUGUUGAAUGGUCCUUUCUCCUCGUCAACCACCUCCCAAUAUCCUCACGUCUCUCUGUCUAACCUAUCCCUCCCUCCCAUCACAGCACACUCUCCAUCAGGAGGCCAGACAGACCUUUUAAUGCUCCAAUUUAAUCGCACCAGACAGACCACCAAGGGACUGCAUUAUGGGCUCUUACCACGGGCACUCUCAAAAGCAGUCUGAUUCCCACAGAGAAGGGGUGUGAAAGAGAGCAAUAAAGGAAGGGCAGAACAUAAUAACCAGAGCCUUGAGAAUGAGGCCAAGGUGAAGAAUUCGAGGUAGACAAAUGGCCCCGCAUCGUGUGUUAUGUUUUGAAGGGUGGAUGGUCACGAUGCUUGAGUGCGCCAACCAGCAGGGGCAUGAUGGUAAUCAGAGAAAGAGAGAGCGUUAAUACACUCAGUUCUGUGUUCCUCUUCUAUCCUCUCCAUCCAGGAUAAUUUCCACAAAUAUAAUGUUCUAUUGCUGCCGGUGCUAUAACUAUGUUCCUCUGUUCUGACGCUUAAAAGGCUCUUUCCUCUCAGCUGCUGAAUCAUAUGUUUUACGCCUGGCUGGCUUUGUGCGUCUAGGGCAAAGAGAAAGCACUUUGCUGAGCCCUGAGAUGACGCUCACGCUUGCUACCACAUGUAUAGAAUAAGGUCUGACACACUGUCACGAGAAUUUUGUUAUCUCAAUGGUUGAAGUCAACUAAUUCUUAAAUCUUUGAAUAAUUCCCAGAGGUUGUAAAUCUCUAGUUUAAAUAAUGAAUUAAACAAAAAAAACUUUCUGCAAUGGUCAGCCUUUAUUCAUGAGAGCGCUCUGUCCCAAAAUGGACGCGCAAUCUUUUUAUACACACACGUCAGAGGAAAAAUCCCACCCCGCUUUAGGCGGGCUGUAUUUUUCCACUGUACACAUCUUGUAAACUCACACCUGGGUUUAGCUCAUGUGGUUAUCCUCUGCUCUCCUGACCAUCAGGUCACACAUACACACGCAUGUUCUUAUCAUAGCCUACUCCUUGCUCGGGCAGGCUGCAUUUUUUCUCUAUUCCCAUACAUAGUUAUCGCUGUUCUCACAAUAUUCUGCAAGCCUCUCACUCCCCUUCCCUGUGUGGGGACAUCUGUUUUUGAAACCGGUCCCCUGUUAUUGGUUUCAACGUUUUGCACUUCUGCUUGCCUAAGUACAAGACACAAAUACUCUGUUGCUGGGCAAAUAUGCGUCUUAUAUAAGCCCAUUUGAUUAACUCUCUAAGCUCUAGUCUACUAAUAGUCAUACAUUAUUAGUUUAACUGAGGGUGUGACAUUUUAGUCAUAUCUUACUCACACAUUUCUUUAUCACACACAACGCACACACACAGGUGUGUUGAUGCUGUUUCCCUCUCUCUGGCUGCUGUUCUAGGUGGUGCUGGAGGACUACCUUCAAAAGGUGCGGCAGGUAGACUUUGAUGUGUUCCAUCCCAGCCUACAGAAAAGAAACCCACUGAUCCCCAUCCAGCUCUAUAUCCGCUCCUGGAAGAAGACCUAUUGACCUGCAUGGUGGGACAUUAUCUUGAGCCCUAUCGUAAUGUAUACCAGGUUUCAACAUCCGAUUUCAGAAAGUCCCACUCGUAUGUUGGUUUCUAAGUAGACCAAUCUACAACAGUGGAUUUCAAGAGACUCUUCCAUCUAUGACAUCAGCACUCCCCAGAAAAGGAUUCUGAGCUAAAACAUGCCUUUGCCAUCUAAACCAGUUCACCUGUGUUAUUCCCUGUUGUAGACUAGACAGCUGAGGACCACAGACAGAGAUUAUUGUAAAGCAAUAACUACAGUACUGGAGACUGAACUGAAGCACUGAUAUCUUGAAUAUUUUCAGUAAUAAAUCGUUUAGCCAUGUUGAUGGUCGAUAA